AGAUCACGGAUAACCUUCUGCGCAUGAGCGAUUUACACAGCUCGUGUUUUGACUAGCACCACCGCCAGACGAGCGCGUGGGGUCAGAAAUACAGUAAUGGCUUUAAUCGGUGUUAGUGGAGAGUGGAUGUUUCUGUCAUGUGGCACUAAAUUGAUAGCGGCUCACAUCAAGCAGGACAGGUCAAGGAGGGAUGAAAAGAUGCUUCCAUUCCAACAUAGGAAAGGACAGCGCUUUUCCAAAAAAGAGCCAUUUGUAUUUGACUGUAGCACCGCCAAGAAAAGAGAAAAUGACCCAAAGACUGAUGACAAUAGCCUUGCAGGGACAACUGGAAGUGACGUAAUACUUGCCUUCAUAAUUUCCCCCUCUGGGAAACUGGUUGCCCUCACCGAUGACUCCAAACGACUGAUCCUAUUGCAGUAUGAGCAUUCUUGGCAGUGUGUCAGCACCAGGUGGUUGGUGAGGAGGGGCACGUCCUUGGUGUUUAACAGGGCGGAAGACGAGGUGCUCGUGGCUGAUAAAUCGGGUGAUGUGUAUUCCUUCUCGGUGAUGCAACCGGAGAGAGAAGGCGAGCUCAAGAUGGGCCACCUAUCCAUGAUCCUAGCUGUUGCUGUGUCACCUAAUGAUAAGUAUAUCGUCACUGCUGACCGGGAUGAAAAAAUACGAGUGAGUCACCUUUGUUCCCCACACAGCAUCCAGUCCUUCUGCCUAGGGCACAAAGAGUUUGUCAGCUCACUGUUGGUUCCUUCAGGCGAUCUGCACUGGUUGCUGUCAGGAUCAGGGGAUGGGACGAUGAAGCUGUGGGAGUAUACUACUGGUCAGAAACUCAAAAGUUGGGACUUGAACGACCUGGAAGAGACACUUGUCCCUAAAACGGAGAAUGAGGGGAAGGUAACUGUUUGCCAUAUUACCAGCUCCUCUGAUGGGCGUCACAUAGCUGUGCAGUGUGACAGAGUUUCAUGCUUUUAUUGUGAAACUGCUACCAGUGAACUCAAAAGAGUGACUGAGAUCUUCAAGCCUCACUGGGUGACACUUGAUGCUUCCACGAGGGCUGCUGGCCGUUUUGUACAUCUGCAUAAGGUGACUUUUGAUAACAUGACUGUGUACAUGAAUAAGAAGCAGCAACGUCUGGAGGAGCAGCAGCAGAAGAGGAAAAUGGAACAGGGAAACAAUGGCAAGAAGGCCAGAAAAGAAGUUUUGGGAACAGUCACGGCUUUUUCAUCUACAUGAAUUGACUGUUUUGUGUUUUCCAUUUAUUUUACUGCUUUUGGAUGAGCCAUGAUGACAAAUUUUGAUCGCAUGGAAUCAUUUUGAGUUUGGCAGAUUUUUGAUUUACCUUACACAUUUAUCAAAAUCUAUAAAAAUUAACUUUGGUUUGAAAAGUUCAUGACAUUUUUGGGUGCCAACACUUGAAUCUUAGAAUAUUCUGUCCCAAGCUAGUAGUAGGCCUCUUGAUGUACAAAGUAUGCCACAGUUAAUAAACACUUAAUAAUUGCUUUCUUUAUCCUUGCCAACAGCACAACAUACAUUUUCUGCAAAUAAGUAACCCAAAAACAAGACUUUGUAACCAAUUAGAUCCAUUUUCACGUUCAAACAAUACACUAAAUUGGAUGACGUGUAGCGAAUAUGCUCAUAUAUUAGUUUUUUUUCCCUACAACUAGUGCGUUAAAGUUUUAAUUGGCGCAUUAGGAUCACAAUAGCCUCUUUUCCACCAGUACUUAGUUCCUGGUAAUAUAAUUUCCCGGUAAUACAAAGUUGCUGGGGCCCACGUGAAUCGGCUUCUGGUUGUUCAUGUAUUUUAACGUGCACUCAUGAAAAGUCGCAACGUA